CAGGGUUGCGUCGCCCGCGGACUUCAGGAGGCGAUGGCGCUGAGCGCUGGCUCCCGGGCCGGACUUGCUCUCCUGGGUCUGGUCUGUCUUUCGUCUCUCUGCUUCUGCACGGCGCGCGGCGACGGUCACUCUCUUUCCUAUAACGUAACCAUCACUCCUAAGCCGAGAGCUGGUGAUUCAUGGUGUGAGAUUCAAGGCCAUGUGGACGGAAAUGUUUUCCUUUCCUAUAACCGUGGUGGCUCUAAGGUCCAAUCAGUGAGUCCUCUGGCAGAGAUGGUGAAAGCCACAAAUGCCUGGGGAACACAGGCCGAGACACUCAGAGACAUCGGGGACUUGCUCAAGGAGCAGCUGCCUGACGUUACACCGGAGAACCACACGGCCAGGGACCCUCUCACCCUGCAGGUCACAGUAACCUGUCAGUGUGAAGACAGUGGACGCACCAGUGGAUCCUGGCAGUUUGGCUUCAAUGGACAGAUGUGCCUCCACUUUGAUUCGGAGGAUGGACACUGGACAGUGGUUCAUCCUGCAGGCAGACGGAUGAAAGAGAAGUGGGAGAAUGACAGAGCUGUGACCAGCUUCUUCAAGAGGGUCUCCAUGGGCGACUGUAGGGCGUGGCUUCAGGAUUUCCUGGUGCACUGGCAGAAAAUGUUAAAGACAACAGCAUCACCCACCACGGCCCCCCCAGCAGCCCCGUCCAGGGCCACAGCUCUCAAGCCCAUCGCCUGGAUCAUCACCUGGAUCCUCCCCAUGGUCCUCACCUACUUCAUCAUCACUGGCAUCCUCAGCUGGGUCCUUUACAGGAACAGACCCCAGGACAUCAGACCCAGGAAUCCCCAGUCUGCCGUCCCAUCCCGAUGACACAGUAGAAGCACCACAUCGUGGCCUUUAUCACAUUUGGUGAACAUCCUACUCAGGGUUUUUUUUUAAAUCGUAUUUUGCCACUUUCUGUUGGUGCUGAGUGAUGGAAUCCCUGCACUGAAAUAUUCAACUGCUUGAACAAGAAGUCACCAGAAACAGGACAUUUUCCAUUUUCUUCUAGUUUGUGAACAAUCAGACUCUUCUCUGCAUCGUGACCUCGUUCUUGCACAUGAUGAUAUUGCAAGGAAGAUAUCUUCUAUUAUUGGACCUCAGGGAUUCUUUCUGUGUCCAGAGAAACAACCUCAGUGUGUUAUCAACAGACCAAAAUUUUAUUUAUUACUCUUUCCCUUUGUAGU